AUGGCAUCCUCCUCCUCCCACAGGGCCCCCAGCGCCCGCCCGCCCCCUGCCUCAGCCCUCUCCUCGCUGCUGGCACAGGCAAACUCGCUCAAUGAGGCCGACCACGACCCGGAGCUCCCUCAAAUUCGCUUCGGCAUCGAUGAUAUUGAGCGUAUGAGCGAGGCGGUGGCUGGGCGGGGCAAGCGAGCCAAGGGUGACAGGGGAGAGGCCUUCAAUCUCCUCUCGACCCUCGGCGUAAACACUUCCCAAUUGACCCAUUCCAUCGCCCAGCUUCCCUCUGAAACUACAACUACCGCUGGCCGACCUCGUCGACGUAGGGCCCAAGCGCAGAAGGUGGAGUCUAUCCCGGAGGCGGCGUAUGCUUCUAAUGACGGAGAUAUUGGAACUUGGGGCCGAAACUGGCACGAGAUGGUCAUCCUGAGCGGUAUCGACAAUGUUUGCAAACUAACACUCGCGCAGACUGUCAACUCUUUCCAAAAGCAGUUCCAACAACGUAUCCACCAAAAUUGGCAGCUCGAAAAGACUCGCGUUCUCCAGGACGAGUUGGGCGUCACCGACGACGAACUCGCAAACAUUGUGGAUGCCGCCCGUACAGCCUCUUCCACCCUUGGAGGCUCCACCCUCGGACGAAGCACCCUCGGAGCUUCUGCCAGACGAUUCCCCAUGAGCCAGUCUACGCUCGGCAAGUCAACUUUGGGAGGCGGCGCCGAGUCUAGAGAAGGCGGUUUGGUGAUGCACACAAAGAUGGUCAGAUAUGAACGAGUCGUGGCCGAGCUUAAUCAGAAGAGGUUGAGGAAGGAGCCGUUUGAACUGUGUCAGGCCUUGUCCGAGAGUACCAAGAGCGACUCGAAGCACCCUUUGCUGUCUCAAUCUUUCAAUCUCCUUGCCCAUUUGGUCUAUGAGCCAUCCCUCCGUGACUCCGAGUACCACAGCGUACCCUCAUCCGGUGUUGCUCCUCCAGUAGCAGAGCCUAUACAGGAGAGACAAUACGCCGCUGCCUACUUGGGCGACCAACAAACUCAUCAAGCCUACCUUCUGCGAGGCCGACUCAUUGCUGGUGGCCAAAAGUAUCUGGAAAGAGACUUUGAGAGACACGUCGACGAGACCAUUGCACGCAAUCCCAAAGAGGCUGCUCUCGGUGGUAUUCCCGGUAUCCGCAACAAGAUCCGCGCAUUUGUAGACGUCACCCUUCGCACCAAAGAAUCGCGAGAGACUUACAAACCCGAGACUGUCAACGGCACCUUCCUCUGGGCGCAAGCCUACUACCUCGUUCGAUGUGGCUACGUCGACGAGGCCCUAAACCUCAUCGCCGAGAACCAAUCCCACAUCGCCAGGGAAGACUGGUCUUUCCCCGGCGCUUUCAAAAUGUCGAUGCAGAGCUCCGAACGGAGGAUGAACAAGACCCAGAGGGACCAGCUCUCGAACGACUACAACGCCCAUAUCCGAAACAAUCCCGCGACCGACCAGUUCAAGACGGCUCUGUACAAGCUUGUCGGGAGGUACGAGAUUCGCAAGCAGAGCAAGGUGACGCCAACGACUGAGGAUUGGAUGUGGUUCCAACUUUGCGUCAUUCGUGAAAACAAGGACGACGAGCCCGAGGGUGGGCCUUACACAUUGGCGGAUCUUGGCAAGUCACUCGACAAGUUUGGGAGCGAUGUCUAUGAUGGCAAGGGGACGAGACCUCUUGUUUGGUUCAACCUCAUGCUUUACACUGCACAGUUUGAAAGGGCUGUAGCAUACUUGUAUUCCAAGCCUCAGAUGCGAACGGACACUGUCCACUUUGCCAUCGCCUUGUCCUAUUACGGGCUCCUGAGAGUGCCGCCCAAGGGCGACGAGGCCGAUCUUUUGGGCUACAACAACACUGGCGAUGUUGCCUAUCUCAACUUCCCUCGACUUGUAAAGCAAUACAUUUCACCAUUCUUCAAGCUCGAGCCGCAGACUGCAUUGCAAUACGCCUACCUCGUCAUGCUCAACUCUGACGCGCCUCCUCCUGCCGGGCCCAAGCAGCGUCAGCUCUGUCUUGAGCUUGUCAGAGACAUUGUCCUUGCUUCUCGCUCCUGGUCCAAGCUUCUUGGAAGCGUGCGUGCCGAUGGAUCAAAGGAGACCGGUGUGGUUGAGAAGGACCUCAAGCUUCUGAAACUCGAAGACGAGCAUGAUUAUCUCAGACAGGUUGUGCUGUCUGCAGCCGACCAAUCCUCGCUCGACGCGUCUCUCAUCGACUCGAUUGAGCUCUAUCACCUUGCCGCUGCCUAUGACAAGGUCGUCGAGACCGUCAACCGAGCUCUUGGUCACUCUCUUUCAUCUUCGUCUACCUAUUCUCUCAUCCCCGGCUCCGACCCCACGUCAGCACCAUCCGCUGUCGGUCUGACUGGUGCAUUCGGUGGUACCACAGAUCUGUAUAGCUUGGCGCAACGGGUAUAUGCGGUAUAUGACAGGGACUAUGGGAAAAAGUCGAGAGUAUCCAGCAUCCAUUGGGAAACUCUGGAAACGCUGUUGAGGUUGAAGUUGGCUCUGGCACAAUUCGCUGCCGACCGUCCUGACUUGGCUCUCGAGACCUUCAAAUCCACCAACCUUCUCCCUCUCGAGACUGAUCCCUCUCAGAUCACAUCCUACGCCCAGAAAUUCCGAGACAUGCUCGACCAACCCGUCAUCUCCAACCUCGACGACGUCAUUGUCACCACCAUGAAGUGUCUGCAUCUCCUCAGCCAGCAGCUGAAGCAGUCUCCCUAUGGCGAUCAAGGGAGGAUGGUGCAGCUGCAAGUCUACAAGCAUCAAGCACAGUGCUUGAUUCAGUUUGCCGGGACGUUGAGGUUGAGGCUGGGACCGGAUGUCUACAGGCAGUUGAGCUCGAUGAGCGCGUUCUUCUAA